AUGACAGGAAUAACCCACGCCAUCUCCGACCUCUUCUCCUCCAUCUUCGGCGUCUUUCGCUCCAUUCUCAACACCCUCCUCUCGUCAAUCGAGUCCGUCGCUGCCGUGUUCCAGACAUUGCUUGCAGAUGUCCUGAACCUGUUCAAGACGCUGAUUGAGUUUUUCUUUAAAAACUUCAUCAUCCUGUCGCUCAUCGCGGCGGGGAUUGCAGGAUACAUAGUCUAUUCGCAGCGCCAGACGCGCACGGGGCAGCGCAAACCGCUGUACGGCGCCGGAAAGAAGUCGACUUGA